GCUGCGCGGUGCCAUUCGGAGGGCGGGCGGCGUGGGGAGCGGAUGGUGCUGGCAGCGCCUCCCGGGCGCCGGCGGGGGCAGGAGCUGGAGCAAGAGCUGGCUACGAGCAUCUCCCUCCCUCCCCAUCCUUCCCCCUCCGGCUUCGUGUCCCCUCGUCGUGCGCUGCCGCCGACCGCGCUGAGCCGGCAGCGCUGUACGAUGUGAGCGGCCGCUGGGCUCCGCAGCGCCCCCGGUGCUCUCGACGCUGGGGCGGGCAGCGAUGGCCAGAGCCUGGCGUGGAAGCAGCAGCCGCCGUCGCCGAUAGGAAGCGCCGGGGGCAGCUGGGCAGGCGGCGCGGAGACUCCCUCGGGCCGUGCAGCGCUUGUCCCGCCCCGCCCCCUCCCUCCUUCCCUCCCCUCCUCCUUCUCCUCUCCCCGCGGCCGGUGCAUGCGGGGCGCUGGGGGCCGAGCUCGGGUGCCCCGCAGCCGCCGGAGCGAGUGACCCGCGGGGUUUUCCCCAUCCCCGCCAUGUCCUCAUCCAGCUCCUCGCAAACCCCCCCGUCCCACCACCAGCCCCCGCCGCAGAGGAUGAGGCGCGGCGCCGCCGGGUCCCCCACCGCCGGCACGGCCGGGGGCCCCGGUAACGGCGCCGGGGGAGGCGCGGCGGGGACCAGCCGACUGCUCCAGCCCAUCCGAGCUACCGUUCCGUAUCAGCUCCUGCGGGGCAACCAGCACAGCCCGACUCGGUCCCCCUCCGCCUCGGUGGGCAGCAACACGGGGCCGGGGGGUGGCGGCGGGGGUCGCGGCGGAGGCAGCCCCCCACCGCCGCCCAGCGCGACGCCGCCGCUGGCGGCGGGCGGCGGCGGAGCGGAGCCGGGCAGGGUGAAGGGCAGGCAGCGGCGCUCGCCGGAGAGCGGCGGCAGCAGGAGGAGCAGCUCACCUGAGAGACGGAGCCCCAGCUCCCCAGUGUACAGAGUGGACAGGCCAAAAUCCCAGCAAAUCAGAACUUCUGGUACCAUAAGGCGAACUUCUUCUUUGGACACAAUAACAGGACCUUACCUCACAGGACAGUGGCCACGUGAUCCCCAUGUACACUACCCUUCAUGUAUGAAAGAUAAAUCUACUCAGACACCCAGUUGUUGGGCUGAAGAGGGAGCAGAAAAGAGAUCACAUCAGCGCUCAGCAUCGUGGGGAAGUGCUGAUCAGCUGAAAGAGCAGAUUGCCAAACUGAGGCAGCAGCUUCAGCGCAGUAAGCAGAGCAGUCGUCACAACAAAGAGAAGGAACGUCAGUCACCUCUCCAUGGCAACCAUAUAGCAAUCAGUCAGACUCAGGCUUGUAUUUCCAGAUCAGUCCCUAUGCCACUGUCAAACAUUUCAGUGCCAAAAUCAACUGCUUCACGUGUGCCGUGUAAUGUAGAAGGAAUAAGCCCUGAACUGGAAAAAGUAUUCAUUAAGGACAACAGUGGAAAAGAAGAAGUAUCCAAGCCUUUGGAUAUCCCUGAUGGUCGAAGGGCCCCGUUACCUGCUCACUAUCGUAGUAGUAGUACCCGAAGCAUUGACACUCAGACUCCGUCUGUCCAGGAGCGCAGCAGCAGCUGCAGCAGUCACUCACCAUGUGUCUCUCCCUUUUGCCCUCCUGAAUCUCAGGAUGGGAGUCCCUGUUCAACAGAAGAUUUACUCUAUGACCGUGAUAAAGACAGUGGGAGUAGCUCACCGUUGCCCAAGUAUGCCUCAUCUCCCAAACCAAACAACAGCUACAUGUUCAAACGAGAGCCCCCAGAGGGAUGUGAGCGAGUGAAGGUCUUUGAGGAAAUGUCGUCUCGUCAGCCUGUCUCAGCCCCUCUCUUUUCAUGUCCUGACAAAAACAAGGUUAAUUUCAUCCCAACCGGAUCAGCUUUCUGUCCUGUAAAACUUCUGGGCCCCCUCCUUCCCGCUUCAGACCUGACGCUGAAGAACUCUCCAAACUCUGGUCAAAGCACAGGUUUGAGCACCCUGACUGUUGAGCAGCUUUCGUCCCGGGUCUCUUUCUCAUCUCUGUCAGAUGACACCAGCACAAUGGACUCCCCAGAGAUCCCGGUACAGCAACCGUCCCAGCAGCAGCAGCCGCUUCUGCAAGAAAUUCAGACUGAAGACCAUUCCUCUCCUCAGAGCUACAUGCUAAUCUAGAGCAAGGUGGAGCAGGCCUCUGCCCUGAGACAAGGAGUGAGGAGAUCCUAGUUCAGAUACAUCUGCAUGAGGUGGCAACCUUUCAGAACACCACGGAAUACUUAGCAGCAUUCAAAAAAAUAUCUCAACACUGUUCUUGGCAGGGACAGAAUCCAUAUUCAGCAUUUUUUGGUGAGAAAGCAGUAAUGCCUGCAGAAUUCAUAUAUCAUUAAGCAUUUUAAGUGGAGACUAUGCAUUUCAUAGUACGUUUGACCAGAUUAGUACUGUGUCCUGUGUUCUGUUUCAAAUUCUACAGUAUAAAUAAGCUCUCUCUAUAUAUAAAAAAAUGUUGCCUGUCUGAAUAGAAAAUGUCUUGCUGUGUUGUGUCCUAUGGAAAAUACUGUACUUCAGAAUUAUGUUUACAAUUGAUCCAGGUGUUUAUGUUUCUAACUUCCGUAAUACACACAAUGCAAAAAAAAAAAAAAAAAAAAAAAUGGCCACAGCAGUUGCACAGUGCCCACCCUAUGGCCUAGCUUCAGGUACUUCUCUUGAAGUGUAAACUCAGGUAACUUGGAAUGUAUAUCAUAUUGGAAUAUAAAAUAUUUUCCAGCUACAAAGCUAAAGAGGGAACAUCACUCUUUUGCCUUUCCUUGUUUUAUGCAUUAAUAUUUCCUCAUUACAUUCCACUUUCUUGGAAUAAGUGCAUUCAGAUCCAGGUGAAUGAUGACCCUGGACAUGGGUGAACAUGAGGAGAACCAGCAAAUCUGUGAUGUAUAUCACUUUGUCAUGUGCUUACAAGUAAAACAACUGUUGCAUUUACUGUCAUUUCAAUAGAUGUAAAAUUGUGGCAUUUAAAGGUUUCAGGUGUUGCUCAGUUAAUGACUGUUAAACUGUUGCAAAUAAAGUGUUCAGUACUAGGCUGUACAUGAGAAACAUUCCACAUUGUGUGUGAGAGGAUUUUGAAAGACAAGAAUGUUUUUGUUAAAGGACAGAAAUUCUUUCAGGUUUCACAGGGGGCGAUUGGGGAUUUCCUCUCAAGGUUUUUGUUGGCAGUUAAGGAUGUGAAAUGCUACUGUUACCGUCUAAAAGUCAAAUUAAUGUUUAGUUUCUCUUUUGGAAAUGUUCGUUCAUUUGCUGGUUGGAAAUAAGUUUUCAAGAUUUUGUUGAGCAGUGUUAGAAGAGCAGCGUUUUAUUUAUGUAGUGAGUAAUUGUGUUUGGGUGAAAGUCCAGAAGUAGCAAGUGGGUGUUCUAAGAGGGGUGGGGAAAACAAUAGUUUUAAGUUCAUGUUACUUAAAGCUUCUCCCAUAACUUUCAGUUACUUGUGUGUGUAAAAGUGUGCUUUCCCCCCUCCUUAAGUGUGAAUAAAAGAAAAAUCCAUGUAAAAUAAUCCUGGUUUUGCAGGCUGGACACUUUCUCAAAACAGUACAUGGCAAGAUUGGGUUUGUGGUGCUCUUCUAUUGUACUGGAAAAAGAGGAGCAUUGCUUUCAGAGAUAAUUUUCUGUGAUACAAAGAGGACCCCAAAGGCAAAAUAAACUCGGUGUUCUUGCUCCAUUGCUUUCAGCUCAUUGGAACUCUGUUUAUGCUGUCUACUCCUAAGAGAAUAAGGUUCACCUUUUCCAGGAAUUGAAGAGAUUAGUAGCCUGCAGCUACUAGGAGCAUUUAAACUUGCUCUUCUCUGUUUUUUUCUGCUUUUGGAGAUGAGAUUGGAGGGGGGUGAGAGUGAGCCACCCCUCACCACUAGUGAGGUGGGAGGGGGGUGAGAGUGAGCCACCCCUCACCACUAGUGAGGUGAGAGGGGGGUGAGAGUGAGCCACUACUCACUAGAUAUGUGCUUUUUAUGGAAAUAAAGCAUUGCUUCCUUUUUAUUACUGAGUUUUUGUUAACGCUGUCUUACAAGGUGGAAUUUGCAGCCUAUAAAACAUCCACUGUUUUUUGACUCCCCUUGCAGAAAAUGUAGAAGGAGAGAGGUCUGUCUCUAACCAUUUUCAUGUGAAAAAGCUUCGUGAAACACAACAGCCAUCUUUAACCCUACUAAUCUCAGGCCUAGGUGAAAACACUAUAUAUUUUAUAGACUGAAGAUAAAGGGCAGAAAAUACUCAUGAUGUAAGUAUCAAUUCCUUUUAAUAUUUUUCUUUCUAGACUAACAUUGCAGUAUGAUGACCUUUUUAUGCUCUGGUUAUGUCCAGGUAAGAAAUUAUAGUCUCAGUUAUUGGUGUUAGGUUUCCAGGGGAUAUGAUGAGUGGUUUUUAGGUCAGUGCUGAACUCUGUACAAUAUUGGCAAUGCCAUUACAUGUUCUUUAUAUUUUUUCCAUGAGAAACUAAAUAUUAAUUAAAAUGCACAUUUGUUCUUAGCAGAAUUGAAGGUUUUGAACCAAAUGUGUUAAAGCUAAUGCUUUGCCAUGUAAAUUUCCCAGCAGUUGUUUAUCUCAAUUGUAUUCUACAUCCAGCUGUAGAAAUUUGUCAAAUAUUGUUUAAAGUUUUGUACAUAGUUGUACUGUUAUUUCUAGCCACUGUGCUGAACAGUAUUCAAGUUAUCACACAAUAUUGCUUUACACAAGGAAA